CAACUUGUGAAAAUAGGCAGAAAACAACCUUCUUAAACAUUUUGUGUGUGAAUCUGUGCAAUUGUGAGUGCAGAAGAAGUUCCAGAUCUGAAAUUCCGGCAAAUCAGGGUCGACAGAGUGGAAAAACAGGCUCUGAAAACGUGGAAAAUUUGGCAUAAUUUGUUUUUCCAGCUGAAAUUUGCAAGUAAAAAACUGCAGUUCGCCUCGCAGACAUCAGCGCCAUCGCGGCAACAGCGGCAGUCGCUUCCAGUGGUGUUUCCAGUCCGUCAUUGUUUUUCGCUUUUUUCGGGUUGAAAAUUACACAAAGGCGAUCGCGAGAAUGAGUUCCGGCGGAAAUCAGCACAGCAGCAACACGAGCAGCAGCGAGGACUACAAUGAGGGCGCCGAGGAGCGGCGCAGGAAGCGCAUCAAGAACCGCACGAGCUACGGAUCUUGCUCGAAACCCAAGUCGUGCCUUGUGCAGCGCGCCUGCGAUCGCGGCCACUGUGCUCAGAACAGGAACCCCAGGGCGGUGGUGGGCGUGAAGCCGCAGCACAAGAGGCCACAGAACAGCCAGAGCCAGCAGCCGAAUCUCCCGAUGCCGUCCACGAGCACGCAAGUGCUGGAGGAGCGCAUCACGCUCGUGGUGGACAACUCACGCUUCGUCAUCGAUCCCACACUCUUCACGGCACACCCCAACACCAUGCUGGGCCGCAUGUUCAGCUCUGGUCUGGAGUUCAUGCAUCCCAACGAGAGGAAUGAGUACGAUGUGGCCGAGGGCAUCUCGGCCAGCGUGUUCCGCAUCAUCCUGGACUACUACAAGCACGGCGUGAUCCGCUGCCCGCCCACGGUGUCUGUGCAGGAGCUGCGCGAGGCCUGUGACUACCUUCUGGUGCCUUUCGACGCCACCACGGUGCGCUGCCAGAAUCUGAGAGGCUUCCUGCAUGAGCUGAGCGACGAGGGCGCGCGCUGUCAGUUCGAGGUGUUCCUGGAGGAGCUCAUCCUGCCUCUCAUGGUGGCGUCGGCGCAGCGUGGCGAUCGCGAGUGUCACGUUGUGGUGCUCCUGGACGAUGAUGUGGUGGACUGGGAUGAGGAAUAUCCACCGCAGAUGGGCGAGGAGUACUUCCAGACUGUGUCCAGCACACUUCUCUAUCGCUUCUUCAAGUACAUCGAGAAUCGCGACGUGGCGAAGCAGGUGCUGAAGGAUCGGGGCCUGAAGAAGAUCCGCCUGGGCAUUGAGGGCUAUCCCACGCACAAGGAGAAGGUGAAGAAGCGUCCCGGCGGCCGCGCUGAGGUGAUUUACAACUACGUUCAGCGUCCGUUCAUUCACAUGUCGUGGGAGAAGGAGGAGGCCAAGAGUCGCCAUGUGGACUUCCAGUGCGUGAAGUCCAAGUCGGUGACGAAUCUUGCUGAGGCCACGGCGGAUCCCAUCAUUGAGCUGGACGCCGCCGGGAAUCCGCUGCCCGCGGCGCAGCGUCUGCAGGCGCAGGCGGCGGAGGGUGAACUGAGGCGGGAGUUUGUGGUGGAGCCCGAGGAGGGUGCCGUCGGUGGGAUACUCAAUGACCUGGAGCCUCUGCCGCCGGAUGAAUAGGAUGAGAUUUUCUACUUCUUCUAAGACUCGCACAAAAGAAUUCAAAAAAAAUGCGCACAAAACACACUCAGCUUCGUGAGAUUCUCUGCUAUCCUGCCCUCGAACUGCCCCAGCAGUCUGGACACAGCAUGUCCGCUGCGCAGUAGAUUCCCUUGACUUCCGGAACAUCGUGUUGACUGACGGGGUAUUUUUUGAGACAUAUAUAUACAUAUAAAUAUCGUGUAAAUUUCGUUCAUUUAUUGUAAAUGUUUUUAAAAAGGCAUUUUUUACAAGAUUUAGUGAUACACUUUGUCCGUGGAAUUGUGCUUGACAGUUCCCGGUGAGAAUGUUGAAGAGUCCCGAUUCCUUGUAAUCCUAAUAUUAGUGUGUUGGUCGAUUUUGGGACCGGGAACUGUCCGGGUGUGGAAAGGCUGAAUUUUGUAGAGGAAUGAAGUGAAUAUAAUUAACGAAGGACAUUAA